CGAUGAAAACAAACAGCAGCAAUGGCGGCGGUGACGGGAUCCCGGGGGAGGCCUCGGUCGUGAGGCGCCGUCACAGCCCCUCGCAGUGAAGACCCCAGGUUAAGAGGGCGACCAGCCCGCGGCUUUCUUUGGGCACAAGCGUCUCUCGGACGGCUCUUCCCGGAAAAAAGCGCCACUCGGACCGAAGUCUAUUCAUAGCCGAGCCGGAGGCAUUUUCUCCUCUGUCUGAACCAAGCCUGGAAAGAGAAGCUGUUGGUGCUGCCGCCUCACAACACACCCCCGCCUCACAGGGCCACUUCUGGUUUUUAGCUCUUCACCCUCUUCCCUCAAGAGCCAAGCUGAAAAUUUAGAUUCCUUCGCCUCUUGCGCCUUUCCUGGCUGUGUCCACGCGGAAAUUUAGGCAGUUCAGCCAGUCGCCUACCGAGUGGAUAUGGAGGUUCCUUAGUGCUUUUCCUUUUUAGUUGGACAGAGAAGACACUGGUUUCCUCUGCUCUUUGAAACUGAGAAGAUCCUCAACGGGAAGAAAAGAAAAAAAAGAGGCAUCUUCCAUCAAGACGGAGAGGUCGGGAGUAAGAGAAGCCAAAUGAAUAUGGCCAAGCAAAGAGGCUAGGAGAAGCCUCUUGGGUUAAUCCCGGGAUGAAACCUCGAAUUGUCACCUCAGCCUCUCUUGCGCAGACUUUCAUAUGCAAUGGAUACUGACCUCAGCUCCCAGGACAGGAAGGACUUGGACAAGUUCAUAAAAUUUUUUGCUUUGAAGACUGUACAGGUGAUUGUGCAGGCCCGACUUGGAGAAAAAAUUUGCACUCGCUCAUCCUCCUCACCAACAGGCUCUGACUGGUUUAACUUGGCAAUCAAAGACAUACCAGAAGUUACUCAUGAAGCAAAAAAAGCUUUGGCAGGACAGCUGCCUGCUGUUGGGCGGUCAAUGUGUGUGGAAAUCUCCCUUAAAACCUCUGAGGGAGAUUCCAUGGAGCUGGAAAUCUGGUGUUUAGAGAUGAAUGAAAAAUGUGAUAAAGAAACCAAAGUUUCCUACACUGUGUAUAAUAGGCUGUCUCUACUGCUGAAAUCUUUGCUUGCUAUAACAAGGGUGACACCAGCCUAUAGACUCUCAAGGAAACAAGGUCAUGAAUAUGUCAUAUUGUACAGGGUAUACUUUGGAGAAGUGCAACUGAAUGGCUUGGGAGAAGGAUUUCAGACAGUCCGAGUUGGGACAGUUGGUACUCCACUAGGCACAAUCACUUUGUCAUGUGCCUACAGAAUCAACCUAGCAUUCAUGUCUACCAGGCAGUUUGAGAGGACCCCACCUAUCAUGGGGAUUAUCAUUGAUCACUUUGUGGACCGUCCCUACCCCAGCUCCUCACCCAUGCAUCCCUGCAAUUACAGAACAGGUGAAGAAAAUGCAGUGGCAUAUCCAUCAGUAGAAGAUUCUCAAGAAGUAUGCACAACUUCUUUCUCUACUUCUCCCCCAUCCCAGUGUGUAUUUACUGUCACUAAAGCACAUUUUCAGACUCCUCCUCCUGUGGUGAUGGAUACCUUGAAGGGCCCUAUGAUGGGGCUGGCCUUUUCACCUCAACUCUCCAGCUCUCGUCUUUCUUAUCAGCCUGCAGCCUUGGGAGUUGGAUCAGCUGACUUGGGCUACCCAGUAGUCUUUGCUGGCGGCUUGAGUGCUACACAUCUUCACCAGUUGGUAGUUCCAGGAAAGGAGGGAGGAGUACCUAUGAUUCCUAGCCAACCGAUGCAUGGCACCCAGGCAGAUCAUGAGAAAAUAAUGACGUGCACUCCCCUGGAUGGAGGCCAUUAUUCUGCAGUUACUCCAUCUAGUAGUGAGGAUCCAGAAACCGUAUCUAACAGCAGUGAAGGAAAGAGCGGUUCUCCACGCGAUGCCUUGGAAACCUUUUUUGUCCGAAAGGUGGGAGCCUUUGUCAACAAGCCCAUCAGCCAGGUGACAAUGGCCAGUUUGGAUAUUCCUUUUCAAAUGUUUGCUCCCAAGAGCUUUGAACUAGAAGAUAACGAUCCCAUGGUAAAUCCUCCUGAUUCUCCAGACACAGAGUCUCCCUUACAAGGUAGCCUACACUCAGUGGGUUCCAGUGGCAGCAGCAAUGGGAAUAUCCAUGAUGAUUUUGUUAUGAUAGAUUUUAAGCCAGCAUUUUCUAAAGAUGACAUUAUCCCCAUGGACUUAGGGACUUUCUAUCGUGAAUUUCAGAAUCCUCCUCAACUCAGCAGUCUCUCCAUUGAUAUUGGAGCUCAAUCCAUGGCAGAAGACCUGGACUCACUGCCAGAGAAAUUGGCUGUGCACGAGAGGAACGUCAAAGAAUUUGAUGCUUUUGUAGAAACCUUACAGUGAAAUUGAACCAAGUUAGAACAGCCUCGGAUGUCCUCUUCGGCACUUGGAAAAGCAGGCCUAAACAUUUUGCAUCUGCCUCCCUUCCGGAUCCUGUUAUGUUGCAUCAACAAUUUCAUUUGUUUCUGGGCUUUGUCCGAUGCAGAAACAAAUGUGAAUCACUUUGAACUGACCUUGUGACGAAUUAAUUCAUUUUCCUUCUUGUUACAGUUGGCAUCUGAAGCAGUACAGUGAAGAACAAAAUGAUCACUUUUGCCUUCUAUUAUCUCAUCUGUAAUGAUUUUCUGUUGCUUCUGCUUCCAUCAACUGUUGUCUCUUUUCACUUGAUUCAAUAGAACCAUCAUUUGAAAGGAUCAAAACAAACAGAAUAAUCUAUGCUCAUUGAAUCCUGAACAAUCCAGAAUUAGUCUAUUUUCAAUGAGUGUGUUUCAUAUACUACAACAGAUGAUAAAUAUUCACUUCUAAUGCUCUAAAUAAUGGAAACAAAGUGUUGCACAUCUGCAUGCCGAAAUAAGAAAUGAAGACCACGUUUUUUCCCCCUGCUGCACAGUUGGGAAUUAAUCCGUAAGAGCAGAAAAAAAGUGCUUUUCAUAUAUUUUUCCACCAACAGAGUGAAAAAAAAACAAUGCCUGCCUAAGGCUAGACAAAAAGUCUUGUUGCUUUUGAAGAAGGUUCAGAGUUCAUGGGGUCUUCUUACAAUUGCUAAUUGUAAAUAUGUUACUGAUCCUAAUUCUUUAGGAUUACUUAAUUAGGGAUCUUUAGUCCAAAGUUUUUACAGAUGCUGCUGCUCUAUGUUAAGAGACAUAAGAAAUAUUUAUUAUUCUAAAGGAAACUAUAUUUAAAGAAAAGUUGUAUGUUAUGUUUUCACAUUGUUAUGUGGCCAUAGGCCGCUGUGUCCUUUGUCACUGCAAAAGUGCUGUGAACAACCUUAAAAAGAAUGAGGGCAUCAUCCUUUCCCCCUCCCCCCCAAAAAAGCAGACCUGUUGUACUGGGAAAUUUAUCUUUCCCAGAGAUUGACUUGAUUUCACUCUGCCCUCUUGGGGAGUGUAGAAAUGUCACAGUUAAGGUAUGUUCUCUGGUAUAGUGAAUUUGCAGAGUUCUAAAAGGCUGAGCUCUGUCAUAUUUGUAAAAUAAAUUCAUGUAAUCUGCAAUGAAUUAGAAAGUAACUUGGUAUAGAAGUAUGUUUUACAAGAUUUACGGUACUUGUUCUAUCGUGCAACAUUUUGUUUAAAGUUUUCUUUUCUGACGAGUUAGGCAUUAAGUAAUGCAAUUGAUUGGCAUUUCUAUAUGUUCUGUUUGCUCCAUGUUCCAUGCCAACUAUUAGGGAAGGAAGGAAAAAAACCUCCAUAGGAGUUCAGGGUUAGGCUCUGGGCACAAGUUCUUCCUUUCCAUUGUCAAAGAACAGGCUGAGAAUUCACCUCUAUGCAUAUUUUAAUGGGAGCAAGCAUCUUUAAACUUUAGGAAGAUAUUUUUUUGAGUAAACCUGUUUAGAAUUGAACUGCCAUAUACUGUACUGAAGAAAGAAGAUCAUAUCCUCUCCUUCCUUCUGUCUUUCAUCUUAGAUGCUUUUGUAUGAUUGUUGCCUUUAGAUAUGAAGGAUAUUUACAGUUUAAAAUAAUGGAAUGUUGACUUCCUGAAGUAUAGCGCUCUGCUCUUCUAUAGGUUUUGCUUGCUUGUGGUCUUAAGACGGGGUGAUGUGGGGGAGAUUAUUAGGGCAGUAUACAUCUUUCAGAUAGACUCUGGAAUUUUCUGUUCCCUACUACUUUGCAAAAAUGAGCAGAAAACUAAAUCUUUUGUCUUCUAGCAUGUAGUUUAUCUUAAUGGCUCAAACUGUAAGAAAUGUAUUUAAAUUAACUGAAAAAUACCUUUUAAAUUUAUUUUCGAAGUACUUGUGAUGUUGUUACUCAUUAUUGGUCCACUGAAGAUCACACAUCUAAGUUCAUACCUAAAUUGCUCCUAAGCAAGGUGUGCGUGCUUGUUUAGGGGCUCAGAAUGAUAGAAACAUCAACGCUAUUUUAAAAUAGAUUGCCAGAAAAAGGCUUCACCCCAUAGUCAUAUCUGCAUAAAAUAGGGCUUGAUUCCCUGAGCCUUUUAGCUUUCUAAUCAAAAUGUUAUAUGAAUAGAGAAAAAAAAGCAUUCCUUAUUAUUCUUCAUGAGAUGUCAGAUGAUGUAGAGCUACUUGUUUAAAAAAGAUUGGCUUUUCCAGCAUAGACUACAGCCUAAUAGGAGAGCCUAUUCUUAUAAAUGAUAAUAUCUGAUAAGGAAAUUGCUUGUGUUUCUAUUUUUCCUAAUGUUCCUAAAAGUCGCUUCUCUGCCAAAACAGAGAAUUUUUUUGCACAUUUACUUUGACAUUCACGUCAUGAGACUUAUUUUGUUUUCCCUUCAUUUUCACAGUAAAAUGCUGUGGCGAUUAAAGGAAUUUAGUCAAAUAUAGGUAGUCCUCGACUUACAACCAUUCAUUAUUGACAUUUCAAAGCUAUGAAAAAGUGAUGCUAAGGCCCAUCCUGUAAGUUGGGACCACUGCAUUACUGCUACUGAAAGUCACAUGAUCGCAAUUUGGUUGUUUAACAACUGACCCACUUUUACAUUGGUUGCAGUAUCUUGGAGAGUUAUUGAAUUACCACGUAAUAUGCUUAAAACUAUGGUUAAAAAUGGACAUAAAGUUGAGUCACUUGAUGACUCAGUUAACAACGCAUCGCUUAGUGACCAAAAUUCCAGUCCCAAUUAUGGUCGUAUGUUGAGAACUACCCGUAACUAUUCUCAUAGUUUAAAAUUAUACAGAUAAAAUAAUAUAACUUCAAUAUCUUUGAAUAGAAUUAUAAGUUAUUCAUGUUGAUAUUCAUUUCCCAUUCAGGGUUUUUCUUAUACUGAAAUAUCUACUGGAUUGUAUUCUUUGGUUUGAUUCUGAUGUUCUACCAACAGAAUAACCCUUGAGAACUUCACAGAUUUGAGAUCCUUGCAGGGGCAGGAAAGAGCAAGAAAUAUGCUUACAUAAUAUUAUAAGAUGCUUUUGUCUGAGCCUGGGUUCUUUGUUUAUUCUUUGAAAAAAAUCACAUUGGCUCUGCCUAACAAACAUCAAUUUACUAUCCCACAUAAAUCCUCUUAUCAGGAAUUCAGUUAUAGAUCUUCAAAGGAUACAUUUUUGUCUACUUGCAUUACAGUGCUAUGAAUCAGAAUUUAUACAUUACAGGCAACAGUCAAAUGUGUCAAUUGAAGGAAGAAGGUUCCUUCCCUGCCUUUAUUUGGAAACACUAUUCAAAAUAUUCCAUUACACAUUCAUACAAUUUCCAAUAAAACUUUUAUGCUACUUUAAAUUCAUCCGUUCCACUGUCUUUUCUACCAAAACUUCAGAUUUUAGCAAGGCAAAAGAAACUGCUAUCUUCCUGUUAAAGCCCCCAAAUUUCUACUCUUUUUAGAAUUGCCAUUUUCAUAUCACCUUUCCCAAUAUUUUUUUCAGAAAUAUGCCUCUCCAGAUUCAAUUAGACUUUCAAAUAUGAAUGCACACGAUUGUAUGAGAAGCAGACACACACACACAGAAGAUCAGCUAUGAAACACAAGUAAUUUGGUAAGGUUUUCUAUGACAUACACCUUGUCUCUCUUGCAGUUUAAUGAAAUAGUAGAAAUUUGAUAAAUUACACUGCUGACUCUAGUGUAUUAAUACUAGAGUAUUAGUACUUGAGAAAAAAUAAUUCAAAUAUUCCAAAAGCAAUCGAUAGACAUGAAAGAUUAGAAGUGUCCUUUAGAACAGGAGAGAAACAUAUUCUGAAGCCAUCUAAAGGACACUUCUUUAGAACAGGAGAGAAACAUACUCUGAAGCCAUCUAAAGUGAUAGGAGGCAGCAUAUCUGCGUGUAAGUACAUACAUAAAUAUAACUAAUAAACCUGUGAGAGAGGCCCAGCUUUGUCAAUAUUUACAUCAAGAACUUUUAUACUUCCACAAAAUGGAAACAGGCUGAUUUAAUUAUGCUAUCAGAUUUUCAUUUUAGGUUGGCAAAAAUCUUUUGAUGUGGAUUUAUUUUUUUAAUCAUUUAUAUAACUACAUUAAUAAAUAUAUAUGCUAUAAAAAUGUCUCAUUUUUUCCAUACUAGAAAUAUGUGCAAUUUAAAUUCUAAGGAAAAUACAAUAUUAUGUACAGAAACAUGGUAAAGCUGGGUAAAUGAAAUCUCUGCAUGAACAGUAUUUGUACAAUAAAUUUGAUCACAUUAAAGCUCAGAAAUUAGCUUGUACACAUAGCUUACAGAAUGCACAUCUAUCUCAAAGCUAUCACAAACACAUAAAAAAGUUAUGUACUAGGCUGUAGUCAUGCAACUUAAAUGCAGGUGUGUUGGAUACUAUGAGCUAGUAUCAACAUUUGUAGCCAAGAUGAAAUUUUGCUUUGGGUAUUAAUGGAUGCCUUAAGCCAGUGCUUCGCAAACCUGGUAAAUUAUUGAAAAUUGGAUAAAAGUGAUAUUUCUUUAGAUAACCACACACAAACCCAUUACCCAUUCACAGAGAGAGGGACAUUUAUUUGACUAAAAGUGUUUAACCUGCAUGGGGUAACAAUUUCUGAUAAGUGAUUUGGGGUAAUGAAGGAAAGUUUGGGAAGCACUGCCUUAAUUUUUUUCCCCAUGGAACAUCCUCCUCCCCGUCCGCUAUACUCCCCAGCUCAACUGAGGAGAUGUUAUGGGGCAAAGAAGCUUUCUGCAAAGCUUAAGAUGUUUAGCUCUCUUAGGUAGAUAAGAGAGUGAAAUCAUCCCAUGGCCUUCCAUAUAGUACAUUGCAGUUGCAUGUAAUCUAAGGAUGAUGGGUUGGCCACCUUUGGCUGUGCAUUUCCAGAGAAGACUUAAUAUCAGUUUAAGUAUAUACUCAGUUAUAAGGAAGAAAAGGCUUUUGCAGCUGUAAUUUCCAUAAACAAAAAUCAUCCUGUCUCAGCAUGUCACAUGGGAACCAAAUGCAAUAUUUGGAUAGCAAUUUCUACCCUUUGAAAUCUCCCAGUUCCCCUAAGAGAAAACAUGGUAACCAUAUUUAUGCUGGAACAUGUUCUCAGCAUUUUGUAUGGAAAAUUUAAAAAAACAAUUCUCUGGAAAUAAAAAAAAAUAAGAAAAAUGGUUGUGGGAGCAAAUACUUAGAAAAAAUAAAUUGACUCUUGCCACAUAUAAACAUUUGCCUGAUACAUUUCUAUGCUAUGAAGGACUAUAUCCAAAUCCUAAAAGAAGGUUUCAGUUUUAAAAAGACAAAAGCUUUCUACUUGAUAGUUCAUGAAAAUUUUACAAGUUUCUAUUUUUUUAUUUGAUGUUUAAUUUUUAAAAAGCUAAUACAGUACUAGAAUCAGAAUUCAGCCCCCUACUUUUGAAUUUUUGAAGUGUUAUCUUGAAUUCCAUAUAAAAUUAACUAAUAUCAACAGAAGAGUUCAUCAAUGGAUAGAAUAUAUUAAAAUAUAUUAAAAUAUAUUAAAAUAUAUAUAAAAGGGCCGGUUUAGCUCACGCUGGUAAAGCCUGUUAUUAAGGCUUAUUAAGAACACAGUAGCCUGCAAUUACUGCAGGUUCGAGCCCGGCCCAAGGUUGACUCAGCCUUCCAUCCUUUAUAAGGUAGGUAAAAUGAGGACCCAGAUUGUUGGGGGGGCAAUAAGUUGACUUUGUAAAAAUAUACAAAUAGAAUGAGACUAUUGCCUUAUACACUGUAAGCCGCCCUGAGUCUUCGGAGAAGGGCGGGAUAUAAAUGUAAACAAACAAACAAAAAAAAAAAAAAAAAAAAAAAAACCACACUAAAAUAGUGUGAUUAUUCCCAUUACCUCACUAAUUUCAAUGAGACUCAUCAUGUUAUUAGUCAAUUAUCUCACAAUCUAUCAUUUUCUUAGAGUGAAAGGCAAAAUUAACAUUUUUUUAAAAAAAUUCCUUUUUCUGUUUACAUAAUAUAGUUCCUUUCAUUUCCCAGUCACUAUAAAUAUUUUAAUUUUUAUUCUAAAGAGCAAUAUGAUUAUAUUCAAGGUAUUGGUUACCAUCUUUAAAGCGUUCCAUGGCUUAGGACUGGGCUACUUACGGGACCGUCUACUGCCGGCCUCUAUCUCCCAGCGUCCGGUGCGUUCCCACAGAGAGGGACUCCUCAGGGUGCCAUCAGCCAAACAAUGUCGACUGGCGGCCCCCAGGGGGAGGGCCUUCUCUGUGGGGGCUCCUACCCUGUGGAACGAGCUUCCCCCCGGGCUUCGACAACUACCUGACCUCGGGACCUUUCGCCGCGAACUUAAAACUUAUUUAUUCCGUUUGGCUGGACUGGCUUGAUUUUAAAUUUUUAAUUUUUAAUUUUUAAUUGUGGGUUUUAAAUUCUGUAAUUUUUAUGGGGUAUAAGGUUAUUUUAAAUUUUUUGGUUAAUUUUGAAUCAGUUUUUUAAGGGUUGUUUUAAUUAAGGUGUAUGUUUUUGUUUGUAUUUUAUUUGCCUGUUCACCACCCUGAGUCCUUCGGGAGAAGGGCGGUAUACAAAUUAAAAUAUUAUUAUUAUUAUUA